AUGUCGUUUCUCAACGUGCGCGACCAGCCCAUUACUCUCCAAGAACUUGCAGAUCUCUUGGGCGCAGAGGAAUUUAUGACGCGCGGUGGUCCCAGAGGUGGCUCGCCGGCCGCUUUCACGGCGCAAAUGGGCAGCCAGAAGGGCCGCGGUUCUGGGCACAAUAACGGUGGCCGUGGUUCUGGCCAGAACAACGGUCAAAACAGCAGCCAAACCGGCCAACCGCGUGGUGGUGGCGGUCGCCGUGGUGGAGGACGUAACGGCAACUGGCAACCCAAGUGUCAAAUUUGUCAUGUGCUAGGUCAUACUGCUUCCAUAUGCCAUCUUUGGUGUGCCAAGGAUCCCCAGGCUAAUGUCAUAUAUCAAGAAACUCCUUUGGAUCCUCAAGGUUCCCACACUUGGCUUCGAGAUACAGGUGCCACCAAUCAUGCCACUCCAAACAUCGCUGCUCUCUCCUUCUCGGAGGACUACAAAGGUAAUGACACAUUACGUGUCGGUGAUGGUAUGAGAUUACCUAUUAGUCAUAUUGGUCAUGCUAUCUUUAAUUCUCCCUUUAGAUCUUUUCAAUUUUCUAAUAUUCUUCAUGUUCCUAGUUUGUCUACAUCUCUAUUGUUUGUUCAAAAAUUUGCAUCAGAUAAUAAGGUGUUCUUUGAGUUUCACCCAUCCUUUUUUGUUGUGAAGGAUAUCAACACCAAUGAAAUUCUUCUACGGGGUAACAGCUCUGGGGGGCUUAACAAACUUCCCAUUCCGAGUUCGUCACCAACUGCGUUUCUUUCGGCUAGAACCUCAGUAUCUGUGUGGCGUAAUCAUCUUGGUCAUCCUCAUCAAUGA